AUGCAAAACCUGGAAGGCCUGACCUUGCGCAGCGUGCCGUCCAAAAUCAACCGCACGCUACUCGUUUUCCUGAUGCAAAACAAGGAUCAUGCUGAGAUUGAGGCCCCCGGUCGAUACGUGGGACAGGGGCUACGGUCGUUAUAUCUCGGGGCCUACAAGAGUACUUCUUGGUCAGAUGGGUGGGGCCUUGGUCAAAACGAGAUUGUUUUCUACAUGGAACGACUUGAGAAGCUCCACAUCCAAGGCGCUAUAAUAGGCUCCUUGCGCCCAGGAAGCUUUGGGAAAUUAUUUCCUCCUAAGAAGACAGCUCUCAAAGACCUGGCGUUGGUUAGCUGUCAAAUUGAACCAUCUACAUUUGGACAGAUCCUCGCCUUCCCUACGGGCCUUACCCACAUCACCAUGAGAGGCGGAUGGUCGCAGCCGAGCGGGGCAUUCGAGAGAGAGGGCUUUCGAUCCGAGUACAUUGCAGCAAUACAACGGAGCGACUCGUCUGAUGUGGAGUAUCUUGAUUUCGACAUGAUGGAUACAGAAAACAAGCCGGCUUUCGACCGCUUGUACUGUUUGAAACAGCUCACAAUCCCCGUAGAGACGUAUGCGUACCACGAAAGAAACCCAUGUGAUGAAUUUGGUGCAUCCGAUCUUGAUGAGUGUCUUCCUGCCAGUCUGGAGACUCUCAUAUUAAAUGAAUUCGACCGAAAAGGUACCUUCUUCGAUAGCAUUGGUGAACGGGUGGAGGCCGGGGAGCUUCCAAAUCUGCGGACGGUUAUAUACAGGAGGUUCUAUGGCGAGGGCCAGAAAGAGAGCACGGAGGACUGGGAGGAUGGUAUUGAAGCGUUGCGGGAAUUGGGGGUGGAGUUUUCUAUUGUCUCUCAUCACGGUCCAACUACCAUGCCUGAGAACGAUAAUUGGCCAUGCGGAUGCUGGGUCUAUGCAUACUAA